AGUGACAGUUUUGGUGUUAGUUUUUUGGUUUUUGUUGGUUAGAAUCACAGAAUUUAUUGUUUAUUGAGAGAAACUCAAGUGUGUUAUGUGUUUUUUGUGUUCCUCGCAAUAAUUUAAUAAUUGUCCGCCUUUGAGAAAUUCUAUGCUAUAAGCGUAAAGAAUUUAUUUUAUUGCUUUUACAUACAUUUUCUUCGAUAAGCAUCAAAAUGUCUAUAGAAAUUGAAUCAGCUGACGUUAUACGGCUCAUUCAGCAGUAUUUAAAAGAAUCCAAUCUUACCAAAACAUUGCAGACUUUACAGGAAGAAACAGGUGUAUCUUUGAACACAGUGGACAGCGUAGACGGGUUCUGCGCGGACAUCAACAACGGGCACUGGGACACGGUGCUGAAGGCCACGGCGUCGCUGAAGCUGCCCGACAAGAAGCUCAUGGAGCUGUACGAGCAGGUGGUGCUGGAGCUCAUCGAGCUGCGCGAGCUGGGCGCGGCGCGCUCGCUGCUGCGCCAGACGCACCCCUGCCUGCUCAUGAAGCAGCACGAGCCCGACCGCUACAUCCACCUGGAGAACCUGGUGGCGCGGUCGUACUUCGACCCGCGCGAGGCGUACGGCAGCGGCGGCGGCAAGGAGCGGCGGCGCGCGGCCGUGGCGGCGGCGCUGGCGGGCGAGGUGUCCGUGGUGCCCAGCUCGCGCCUGCUGGCGCUGCUCGGGCAGGCGCUCAAGUGGCAGCAGCACCAGGGCCUGCUGCCGCCCGGGACGACGAUCGAUCUGUUCCGCGGCAAGGCGGCCAUCAGGGACGAGGAGGACGACCAGUGCCCGACCCAGCUGUCCAAGAUGAUCAAGUUCGGGCAGAAGUCUCACGUGGAGUGCGCCAGGUUCUCGCCGGACGGGCAGUACCUGGUGACGGGCUCGGUGGACGGGCUGGUGGAGGUGUGGAACUUCACGACGGGCAAGAUCCGCAAGGACCUGCGCUACCAGGCGCACGAGGAGUACAUGAGCAUGGAGGAGGCCGUGCUCAGCCUGGCCUUCGCGCGCGACUCCGACACGCUGGCGGCCGGCGCCAACGACGGCGCCGUGCGCGUGUGGCGCGUCAGCUCGGGCCAGGUGCAGCGCCGUCUGCCGCGCGCGCACGCCAAGGGCGUCACGUGCCUGCAGUUCUCGCGCGACGCCGCGCAGCUGCUGUCCGCGUCCUUCGACCGCACCGUGCGCAUCCACGGCCUGCGCUCCGGCAAGCUGCUCAAGGAGUUCCGCGGCCACGCGUCCUUCGUCAACGAGGCCGUGUUCACGCCCGACGGCCACGGCGUGCUCAGCGGCUCGUCCGACGGCACCGUGAAGCUGUGGUCGCUGCGCACGGGCGAGUGCGCCGCCACGCACAAGCCGCUCGGCGGCGGCGAGCCGCCCGUCAACUCGCUGCUGCUCACGCCCAAGAACCCCGAGCACUUCGUGGUGUGCAACCGCACCAACACCGUGCUCGUCAUGAACAUGGCGGGGCAGAUCGUGCGCUCCUUCUCCAGCGGGCGGCGCGAGGCCGAGGGCGGCGCGCUCGUGGCGGCGGCGCUGAGCGCGCGCGGCCGCCUGCUGUACGCCGCCGCCGAGGACCUCGUGCUGUACGCCUUCUGUACCGCCACCGGCAAGCUGGAGCGCACCAUCAACAUCCACGAGAAGGCGGUCAUCGGGCUGACGCACCACCCGCACCAGAACCUGCUGGCCACGUACAGCGAGGACGGGCUGCUCAAGCUGUGGAAGCCCUAGGCGGACGCGGCGCCGCGCGCGUUCGACUCGGAGCUUCCGCUUCCUUCGCGGGAGUGCCGUUUUAUGAUACGAAGGAUUCCGUUUUUUUUUGUUAGAAUUUAUUUUUUCAUGUUUUAUGAAAUAGUUUCAUUUUUAAGCUUCCGAACGAUUCAAAAUAGCUAUGUUCGGAUUAGGCUCACGGUGGUACGGACUGUAGACGGACCGGUGCUCUUAUCGAUCUGAUACGACUGAAUACAGACCAUAAACCGAACAAUAU